UUCCCGAGAGAGAUAACGGGAACAGCCGUCAUGGGUCAUGGGUAUCUCGCGCCAAAGUCAGCAUUUGGAGCCCGCACAGCGCUGGGCGAAUGAGAAUCACGGCAUCCUUAUCGUUCCAGCCGGCAUGCGGCUAUCAGUCUCUAUAUAUACAACCUCCAAGCCUCUCUCCCUUCCUGAUCCCAUUCAUCUAUCACCACACCCGCAAUGUCUGAAAAGCACAUCGACGACGAAAAGGCCAUUGGCCUCAACGCCGACGUCUCCGUACUCCCCGCCGAGACCUCCAAUGAAGACGGCCAGGCCCACCACGUUCAGCUGCACGAUGUCGACGAAGCCGCGGCUUUCGUUGCAGGGUGGAAGGGAGAGAUCACAGAGGAGAUGAGUGCAAAGAUCAGAAGAAAGUGUGACAUGCACUUGCUGCCAUUGAUGAUGUUAUUGUACUUCGUCCAGUUUACAGACAAGACGACGCUCGGAAGUAGUGCCAUCCUGGGCAUCAAGACGGAUACCAAUCUUUCACAAGCCCAGUACAACUGGCUCGGUACAAUCUUCUACCUCUCCUACCUCAUCUUUGAAUGGCCCCAAUCCGUCUUUCUCCAAAAGUUCCCACCCGGCAAAUGGAUGGCCUGCAACAUUCUGGUCUGGGCCGUGGCUCUUUGCUGCCAUGCUGCUUGUAAAAACUUUGCUGGUCUUUUCGUUUGCAGAUUCUUCCUCGGCGUCUGCGAAGGUAGUAUCACCGCUGGUUUCCUUAUCUUGACGAGCAUGUUCUACACUCAGGAAGAAGCCACCCAGAGAGUCGGCUAUUGGUUCCUCAUGAACGGUACCGCCCAGAUCUUCAACGGUAUCGUGUCUUUCGGCGUCUUGCACGUCAACCCCGAUAUCAUCUCCCCCUGGAAAGUCUACAUGCUCAUCACCGGCAUCAUGACCCUCGUCGUCGGCGUCUGCUUCUGGUUCUUCAUCCCCAACAACCCCAUGACUGCCUACUUCCUCACCCAGGAGGAAAAGAUUAUUGCUAUCGAGCGUUUGAGGGGAAAGAGUACGGGUAUUGAGAACAAGACCUGGAAGCACGAGCAAUUCAUGGAAGCGAUGAAGGACUGGAAACCUUGGGCCUUUGCCAUCUUUGCUGCGAGUAACAAUGUUGCCAACUCGUUGACCAACCAAAACAGCUUGAUCAUCAACUCAUUCGGCUUUACUACUUCCCAAACGACCCUCCUCGGCUGUGUCAGCGGGGUCAUUGAAAUCCUCACCAUCUACUCAUCCGUGCUCGUCGUCAAGAAAUGGAGAAACGCCCGAGGGUAUGUCGGCGCCUUCUACUCUAUUCCCAACAUCAUCUCGGGCGUUCUCAUGGUCGCGCUGCCGUGGUCGUGUAAGGGCGGGCUGCUGUUUGCCAUGUACCUCGGUGGUGUGGGUACCCCCGGAUUCGUCCUUUCCCUCUCCUGGUGCUCUACGACCAAUACGGGACAUACCAAGAAGGCUACUGCCAAUGCCAUGUUGCUCAUUGGUUAUUGUCUCGGUAACCUCCUCUCUCCCCAGAUGUGGCAAGCCAAAUACUCUCCCCGCUACUACCUCCCCUGGGGCAUUAUCCUCGGUACCUAUGUGAUCAACCCCCUCAUCCUCCUCUCCAUUCGCUACUUACUCAACCGCGAAAACAAGCGCCGAGACCGAUUGGUUGAGACGGGCCAGCUGGAGAUUGAGAAGUUUGUGGAUGAGCAUGGGGAUGAGAUUGACCCGACAUUCUUGGAUAUGACUGAUCACAAGAACUUGUCUUUCCGAUACCCUCUGUAGAGUGGGACGUCCUUUCGUGGAUCGUUGCCUUAUCGUAUCGUCGUUGUUGUUGGAGCAUUAGAAGACUUGCUCCAAGUUUUUCAAUAUUUGUCUUUUUUACUUACGCCAAAAUAUAAGGGUCUCAGAUAUAUUGGUGGAUUGCGCCGUUGUGCUACGUUGACUUGGGUUGUACAAGGUUUGGUAAACAGUUGUAGAUUUUAUAGUACUUCAGAAUUACGAAUGAUCUCUCGGAUUCGAACCGUCUUUGGGGUUUGUUGAACUCCAUUUUUGAUAACGUCAGUUGGUUUCGCCGGAAAGUGCUGUCAGAAACAAUGCAUGACGAUUAUACAAGACAG